GAUACGUCCCACUUUGGUUUUCGGUUUUUGACUGCUCUACUUACCUCACACUCUCCCUCGUCGUUCGACCACUCCUCACUCCUAUUCUCUCUCUCGCCUUCGUCGGCACCUCUCCCUCUCUUGUCACAUCCGUCGGUGCAUAUACCCUCCACGCAGCACCAACCGAUCCUGUUUCCUGCACUUGCUUUUCCCUUUCCGCUCUUGCACACAUCGCAUAUACGUCGCGUGGACAAACACACGGCAUCCAAUACCCGCAUCUCUCGCGCUUGCACCCUCGUCCCCCUCAAAUCGCACAAGGGUCGUUAUCCUCGUAGAGCCCGGAGCCCAGCAGUCAGUCGAAGAACCCGACGACUGCACCCAACUGCCCAUACGCCAAAAGGCACUUGUGUCGCCGCACCGCCCCUUCUCGGUCGCAGCAUCCAGCCAGCUAACUCAAGUCAUUCAUUGCACCACCGUAUACCAUAUCGCGCUCUCGAUCGAAGAGAUAGAGGGGCAGUUCGAGCACAUCAGAGCUUGAUAUUGUCAAGAUAUUCCAGAGUGGAGCUUACUCGUGUUUGCUCGUCGUUCCCCGCACUCUACAAGUCCAUAUUCGCACCCUAUCGGCAUAUCGCGACGUGGUUCCGGCUCACUCUUAACUGAUUGCACGCCGGUCCGCAUUCCAGUAACCCCUACAACGAUAUUGCCCACCAUACGUACUUGCUAAUCCAAUCCGCCUCUCAUUACCCAAUACCACAACGUGUUCGAGGUCCAUUGCGGCAUAGACCAUCCGACGAGCAAAGAACUAGGGAGAAUUAAAAGGCUAGCACGGGGUGCUUCAUAUUUGUCCGCUCCCCUUCACCCAAUACUUCUCUGCCGCUUCCUCCAUCGUCUCUCCCUCUCCUUCCCCCGAACCCGCUGCCGUCCCCGACACAAACGCAGAUACCGACCUCGACAUGAAGACCCGCUCCAACCCAGGUCAGGGCCCUCUCAAGUCCAAUCGCGUCCACGCAUACGUUCGUCAGGCGAAGAAAACCCAUGCCGUCUCCCACCAGUCUCUCGCUCCUAGUGGCAGCAGGGCAGGGAUGUCCCCCGGUCUCGCCGCCACCAUCGCUAAACUUCGUUACUCCCCACCGGCUGCCAUCAUGGUUGAGAUCAACAAGCAGAAGAAGCAAAAGCAACUCAUGACCCGCGACGCGAUGUUACUGCAGGAAGAGGAGUAUGCAGAGGAAGUCCUUGAGUACUGGCGCGAGCGUGAGGCCAAUACGCACCCCGAGGUUCCGAACAUGGACAUGCAGCCUGAGCUUGGCUGGGAGAUCCGCCCGUGCCUCACCGACUUCCUCAUUGAAGUCCACCUCAUGAACCGCAUGCGCCCCGAAACACUCUACCUGGCUAUCAACAUCGUCGACCGUUAUAUAUCAAAGCGCGUAGUAUUGAAGAAGCACUACCAACUCAUCGGCUGUGCUGCCCUCUGGAUCGCCGCGAAGUACGAGGAUGAAAAGUCACGUAUCCCAAGCCUGGCCGAGUUCGUCGAUCACUGCCACAACCAACACGACCAGUCUGCUUUCGUCCAGAUGGAGCGCCAUGUCCUUGCAACGAUUGGUUGGGACAUCGGUCACCCGACUGCUGAAAGUUGGUUGCGCGUGAAGUGCAGCGGCGAGUCGUAUGAGACUCCGCGUACACAACACGUUACUCGCUUUCUGAUGGAGCUCACCCUGUUCAAGAGGGAGUUCGUACACCUGCGGCCCAGCCAGAUUGCCCACGGCUCUCUGUGCUUGGCAAAAUACAUCUUGGGAGAGUCGCGCCUUUCGAGAAGCGAGGACACGACCGAGUCGCGCGAGGUUUCGGAAGCGCUCGAUGAGCUGUGCUCGGAGGGGGUCCAGCGCCUGUCCGAGACUGUCUGCAAGAAAUAUCAACCCCACUACUAUUCCGGCGCGUCGCGUAUUAUAAGCGAGUGGUAUGCAAGGGGAAACCGCUACCACUACUCCCCCUUCCCCGAAUGGAACAUCGACUUGCCAUCUUCCUCAGAGGCAUACAAGACGUUCUAUGACUCUUCUCUCUCCCGCUCGGGGUCCAGUAUGGACUCAAUCUCCUCUACCUUGUCUGCGAGUGGCUCCAGCGAUGCUGGCGAUAGCAUGCCGGCAACGCCGAUCACUCCCAUCUACCCCAGCGCAGAAUCCUAUGUCAGUGCCAGUGGAAAGGAGAACCAAGCCCAGGGCAUGCUGUUUGGCAUCACCCCAGAGAUGGCUAUGCGCGCCAAGGACGAACCAAUAGCAAAGUCCGACGAGGUCCUGGUGCCCAUUAACCAUAACAACAAAGUCUACUCAAUGCGCAGCUCGUUCAUCGUGCCUCAACCAUCCGCCGGUGGCUCUCAUGCUGUUCAGUAUGAUUUCAGUGUCGUAUGAGCGCUCACGUUCCGUCGCCGUUCGCCACUGUAUCCAUGCAUAUUGUCUUCAUAGCGCCUCUCCCGUCAUGGUCUCCUCCCUAACGCCUUCCUCUCUUCAUGACGUCUUUGACUCGCUGUGCAUAGCCUCUGCCUGCCUUCCCCUUUCCUUGCCAUCUUCCUCUUCAUCGCAACUGGUCAACAAAAUGUAUCAACUACACUUUUUCAGCAAAAAUCCAAACAAAUCUUCUCGCUCUCUGCAACCCUUUCUCCAAUUCCCUGCAUUCAACGCUCGAUUCCAGCAAAUUCUCUUACCUCUACUCACACACACGGCACACACACAUCGCUCUGUGAUAUUAUCGUACAAGCCUUUCUCGCCUCGGUCGUCGUUAUCAACCUCGAUCUACCGAUCUCGGAUCGACUUGUGUGCAUGCCUUGAGCUGCCUAUGGCGCUUAGCCUCGAUCGGAUCGAAAUGGUCGACUCGGAAGGCUUUACUUUACUUCGUAUUUCAGCGGCAUUCUUUUUUUGACAUCCACAGCGGUAUUUCGGCCGGCGCCCCUCCAUAUCCAGCAGCAAGCAGUACCAAAAGCAAUCCAAACAAGGGGUCGCGCAUCGACAUUCCCUUCGCUCAUUCGUCAUUCCCGUCGUUCGUCGGACGCCACCCAUGCACCCACCAAGAUCGGUCUUACUUAUUUCAUCUUUUGUGGUGAUUAUUUCGGUUAUACGGCUCUGCCCGUUCUUCCUCCUGUGCCGCUUGUUGGGCCGACGACGACAGCUUCGCAAUCAAACCAAUCCUGUUACUAUUACUAGGCACGUUACUUACUCUUACCUACUUUCAACUACCCUAGCUGUUACUCGUACACCUCGUACUUGCCUGUCCAAUCGUUACUCCCCAUCAACAGAAUGACA